UGUCACUUUACCUGGGAGCUGGUUGUAGAAGAUGUGGACAUGCCUGACUUGGAAAAGAGAAUCUUUGAUACUGAGAUCCCUGACACCAACCACAGCAUGGGGAUGCUCAACCUCCUGGCCUAUGUGAGACACCUGAAAGGCCAGCAUAAGGAAGCCCUGCACAGCUUGAAAGCAGCAGAAUCUUUGAUCCAGGGAGAGCAGUUGGACAAGAGAAGCCUGGUGACCUGGGGCAACUGUGCCUGGGUGCAUUACCACAUGAGCAGCUUGGCAGAAGCCCAGACCUACCUGGACAAGGUAGAGAACACUUGCAAGGAAUUGGGCAGUCCCUUCCGCUAUAGUAUGGAGUGUCCUGAGAUAGACUGUGAGCAAGGCUGGGCCUUGCUGAAGUGUGGAAGACAGAAUUAUAAACGAGCCAUGGCCUGCUUUGCAAAGGCUCUGGAAGUGGAGCCUGAAAACCCUGAAUACAACAUUGGCUAUGCUAUUGUAGCCUAUCGCCAGGAUUUCAGUGACAAUGUUUUUUCUCUGGAACCCCUAAGGAAGGCUGUCAGGUUAAAUCCAGAUGAUCCAUACAUUAAGGUUCUCCUUGCCCUAAAGCUUCAGGACUUGGGAAAACAUGCUGAAGCAAGAACGUACAUUGAAGAAGCUCAGGCUAACAUCUCCUCCCAGACCUAUGUCUUCGGAUAUAUGGCCAAAUUUUACCGAAAGGAAGGUUUUCUGGAGAAAGCGCUCCACUUCCUUGCUAUAGCCUUGCAGGCAAAACCUUCCUCUGCCUUCUUGCAUCAUCAGAUUGGACUUUGCUACAAGAGACAACUGUUCAAAAUAAAGGAAGCUACACACAUGCAACCUAGAGGUCAGGACAGAGAAAGAGCAGACCAAUCCACCCGUUUGGCUAUGUUGCAUUUUCAAAAGACUUUAGAACUGAAACCCACAUUUGAGAUAGCCUACGUGAAUCUGGCUGAAAUGUACAUAGAAACUGGCCAAUUUGGAGAAGCUGAAGACAAUUUUCAGAAAGUGUUGAGCAUGAGGAACCUUGAUGCUGCUGUACAGCAAGACAUUCAUCUCCGCUAUGGCCGUUUCCAACAAUUUCAUAGGAGGUCAGAAGACAAAGCGAUCACCCAUUAUAUAAAGGGCCUGAAAAUAGGAGUAACUUCUUCCUAUGUCAGAGACAAGCUUCUGGAGGCUUUGCAGAAGCUGGCUGAAAGACGCAUUCGCCAGAAUGUUCGUGUUGUGGAAAGCAUCAGCCUCCUUGGGUUUGUCUACAGACUGAGAGGGGACAUGAGUGAGGCUCUGCGAUGCUAUGAGAGGGCCCUGAGACUCACUGAAGCAUUGAACCCCGAGUUUUGAAGCACAGCUCACCAAGUGGCAUAUAAAGCAUUCCCAUGGCUCAUUAUUCUACUCUUCUUUUGGAGUUGUUACUUUAAUUAUGUGGAACCUGAUGAAGCAAGUUGAAGAUGACUCCCUCUGUUUUCCGGCUUUCUAUAGCCCUGUUUUUUUGUUUUGUAGUUUGUUUGUUUGUUUGGUAGGGGUUUUUUGUUGUUGUUUUUUGUUUCUUGAAUAUGUGUGUCUGUGACAGGAGCAUUCAUUCUCCUUUCAUGCUUUGCUGUGUUCAUUGACCAUGGUUGCUUCCUGCUCUUCUGGACACCUGUGAGGUGCAGAACCCACAAGAACCAUUUUCCUUAUGAGUGCCUUUGGAGUGCAUGACCCACUCCCUCCGUCUUCUAGGACCCUGAUCAAAGGACACUUCACCAAAGAAGACUUAUUUUUUCAUGCUUCAGGAGUCUCUGACCUUCAGCAAUAUGUGAGAGCAAAUUAAAUGAGCAAGGAUGAGCACUAAAAAGGAGAGGCAUUCAGGAUUCCCCUACAGUAUUCCAGUCCAUAGUUCCAUCCCCACAGGCCCUACUAUAGCCAUAGCCUGCUGGUCAAUGAGCUCAACUUUAUAAUCAAUGCAACUUUUUAUAUCAAGUUUCUGACCUCAGACAAUUGUGUUGGAUGUAUGUGUUCCAAAUACACUGACAUUUAAUUACAGCUAAGAAGACUUUCAAAGUAUUCUGG